AUGAUCAGCCAUGCGCCGGUGCUUGGGGUGGUCUCAAGGACACUUGGAAGGUUGGGUCAUGGUGGUCGUUGCCGAUCUAGCCGUGGAAAGUUGGAGCCCAAAAAGGAUCCCUUGGUGAAACUUCUGGAGCUAAGCAAGUUUCCUUCACAAGAAGCUGUGAAGACAGCUUUAUCCAGCAGAAAAACUUGGACAGGUUCGGUGACGCAGAUUUUGAAGACAUUGGCUGCGACUUCGGAUGCCCAUCUGAUCUUCACUGUGCUGGAGGUGUUACGAAUGGAGAAGAGACCGCUGGAUGCCCGGAAGUUCACCAUUGGGAUGUCUGCCUGUGCCAGGGCCAGCCUGUGGAGGGAAGCCAUCAGUUUGUUGAAGUCCAUGGCUGAAGCACAAGUUCAAGGUGACACUAUCAGCUUCAAUGCAGGGAUCAGCUCAUGUGAGAAGGGGGGCCGUUGGCAGCAAGCCAUCGGUUUGUUCGAGGCAAUGCGCGACACAGCAGUCCUUCCAGACGUCAUCACUUUCAACAGCACCAUCAGCUGCUGUGACAAGGGACGGCAGCACCACCAAGCUAUGGCGAUGUUUGAUGCCAUGCCAAGGGCCAAGGUUUCACCAGAUGUCAUCACUUUCAAUGCAGCCAUUAGCUCAUGCGGACGAACUGGCCGAUGGGACUUGGCCCUGGCACUUUUCGACUCCAUGCGCAAGAAGCUACAACCCAGCGUCAUCACCAUCAACGCCAUGCUGGCUGCAUAUGCCAAGGGCGAACAACGGGAGAAAGCCCUAGAUCUCAUGGAAGCUGCCCCGGAGGCCAAGAUUCAUUUGGACAACAUCAGCUUCAAUACUAUCAUCAGUUGUUGUGCAAGGAGCCAGCAAUGGCAGCAGGCCUUGCAUUUCCUGGGUGCCAUGGCCAUGGCGCGGCUGGCCCCGGAUGUCAUCAGCUUCAACGGCGUCAUCAGCUCCUCCGCCAAGAGCAGCCACUGGCGCCACGCGCUGCGGCUCUUCCAGGCCAUGGCUCCGUCAUCGCUGCAGCCCGAUGUGAUCAGUUUCAACUCCAUCAUGUCCUGCAUCCAAGACUGA